UUUUAGGCUGUAGUUACCUAGUUUUUUUUUUCGGCAUCUAACCGACUAUUGAAGUUCACGUGAGAUGCUUAUCGUUUUUCUAUGUAGUGUCUGUGGUCUGCAUAACUUACUGUAGUACAAAUACAAGGAGGUGCAGGAAAGUUGUAGACUGCUGCGUCUUUCGGUAAUUCGCUUGUGUAGUAAAGCUAUAUUAUGUGUAUCCGAUUUUUUUUCUUUUUGCAGUAAUCUGGGAAAAGGGAUAUAAUUAUUGGGAGCGUUAUGUUGCGUUUGUAGUUCUGGAAAAUGUACAGUUAUCAAUCAUUGAACUGAUGCCAAAGCAUGAAUACAAAUGAAAUUAAGAGGUCUGACGUCUUCCUGAAGCAUGGAUGAGGAGAGUUGCCAGCCAUUAUCUUGACUUUUAGAUAUUUGUUAGUUGAUAUAAUUAGACUGACAAAGAUUGUAAUUAACAGAGGCUUAGAAAGCUACCAGCAAUGAGGAUUGUACGAUUAAAGCCUGCAAAGCUCUUAAAAGGACUGAUUAUUUCCUUUUUGGCUAUUCUGGGAUUUUCAGUUAUAAAUGUGAAACACAAACACUUUUUUGUAAACUAUAAUCCCUUGGAGCUGACUGAGUACUCCCAUAAUGCAGUAAAUUGCUCAGCAAUUGUAGCUGGCAAUCAAGACGAAAUUGAUAAAGCCAAAUUGUUAACACUGACUGUAGAAUUUAAGAAUCGUACUUUGAUAACAGAAGGAAAUUAUACAGAAUGGACCAGAGACUGCAGUUCUUUCAUCAAGCAACGUAAAUAUAUUAUGCAGCCAUUAAGUAAGUUAGAGGCCAACUUUCCCAUUGCAUAUUCAAUAAUAAUUCAUCAGAGAAUAGACAUGUUUGAAAGACUGCUACGGACAAUAUACCAACCACAGAAUUACUAUUGCGUUCAUGUUGACAGAAAGUCUCCAGAAUCAUUUUUGACUGCUAUUAAGGGAAUUGCAUCCUGCUUUAAUAAUGUAUUUAUAGCCAGCAAAUUGGAGAGUGUUGUCUAUGCAUCAUGGAGCAGAGUGCAGGCUGAUCUAAAUUGUAUAGAAGACCUUCAGAAAGUUAGUACUUCAUGGAAAUAUUUAAUAAAUCUGUGUGGUAUGGACUUUCCAAUUAAAACUAACUUGGAAAUAGUAGAGAAGCUGAUGGCAUUGAAAGGAGGAAACAGUUUAGAAACUGAGAAAAUGUCGCACAGUAAAGAAGGUAGGUGGAAGACGCAUCAUGAAAUUGUUGGUGGGCAUAUAAAGAACACAGGAACGCCAAAGAAACCUCCCCCGAUAGCAACCCCUGUGUUUUCUGGCAGUGCCUAUUUUGUUGUCAGUAGGAAAUUUGUGGACUAUAUAAUGAAGGAUGAUAAAAUACUGCAGCUGUUUAACUGGUCGAAAGACACAUACAGCCCAGAUGAAUUCAUCUGGGCAACGCUGCAAAGGAUACCUGAAGUUCCUGGAUCUGUUCCCCUCAGUGAUAAGUAUGAUUCUUCUGAUAUGAACUCAGUUGCUAGAUUUGUGCAGUGGAAUUACUUUGAAGGUGAUCUGUAUAAAGGAGCUCCAUACCCACCAUGUAGAGGAGUCCAUGUUCGGGCUGUGUGCAUUUUUGGAGCUGGUAACUUGAAUUGGAUGUUGCAGAACCAUCAUUUAUUUGCAAAUAAAUUUGACACACAGGUAGAUGAAUUUGCAGUACGAUGUUUAGAAAAUCAUCUAAGGCAUAAAUCUCUCAAUCAGCAAAGACAUUAAGGUAGUUUAAGUAUAUGUACGGUUUCUCUUUAAUGUCAUCAUGCAGUGCCUAAUUACAUUUACCAUUUCUGACCUCAAAAGAAUAUCACAAAUGAAGUAAAUGUUUUUAAAAAUAUUUAAUUGUGCAGUAUGUAAAGCAGAGAUGUGAACUGGUAUUGUGACCGAUUCCUGGCUAUCUUGUUAAAUGAAUGUUUCAUCAGUUACUGCUCAUUUUAUUUUGAAAAUAACUUCUGAAAAUUGGGUGUAAAACACUGAUAUUUUGCCCAUAAUUUUCAUUAGAGAACACAUUUUACAUCAAAGUGACUUAUUUUCAUUUGAUUCAGUGAUACAUGAAAAUGUUUUAGAUUUUAAAAUAAGAUCAAGCAAAUCCGAUUGAUACGCAGUUGCUGUUACACACCCAAACAUGGAGGCAGGCAAACAUUCUAUCACUGUGGUUGCCAUCAUGCCUCUCAACUUCCAGGUUGUCCCAGAAUGUCCAUUUUUUGCUCCAUAUUGUUGGUCUGUUUCUCAUACAGUUUUCUGGCUAGUCCCUGACAAAUCGUUUAGGAUUGGAGUAAUUAAAUAAUGACAAAUAUUUGAGUUUGACUUUAUACCCUUCAGAAAAUUCAUAUUAAUGUGAAACCUGUUG